AUGUCACGACAACAGCAACAACAACAACAAUUCAGACAUGGAACUGACAUGAAUCCAGAAAUGAUCAAACCGAAAGCAGAUGUAAGCGAUCUAUGGAUACAGCAUCAGCGCCGAAAAACAAAGACAACCCAAUCUUGGGCCUGCAUAUAUUGCCCGGAGCGCAAGAUAUUCCAUUCAGAAAUCGACUUGUGGAACCAUGCAGAAAAGGACCAUCAGGAUGAGAUUCCAUCUAACCAAGAUGAACUUAAGCAAUUUCGGAAAUCUUAUGAAAGCAAAAGCGCACUGAAAAGACCAACAAGAGAUGAAUAUUCACCCCGGAAAUCUUCAAACAAUGAGGCUUCCGCUGCUCAAGCAGACCCCCAACCUCCACAAUUACAAACUAAGCGACCCCUCAACGCUCCCCAACCUAGUCGAUCGCUUUCCGGCCUUCAAGCAUUAAACCUGAGACCAAAUGAGGAUAUUACUAUGGAGGAUGAAGAAAUUACAACAGACCAACCGCGCAAGAGAGCUGCUGUAGGAGAUGGUAUAUCAGCAGGUUCAGCAUCGCCAUUCCGCGAAGCCUCGGAUUCUCCCCCGCCACGAAGAUCUUUAGCUCGACCAACCUCUGGACCAACUUCCACAUCAGAUACGGAAACUCGGCGACAGGCUACAAAGGGACAACUGUGGACCCCUGAUCAAGACUCGCCAUUCACAAGAUCAUCCUUUGAUCCCUCCAACAUUGCUUCUAUACAAGCCUCAAAGUCUCGAGCUCAAGGCUUCAAACCAGCCAAUCGAAGACCUACAAAGACAUCUCCACCUCAAACCACACCCCGGUCAGCACCUCAAGCAAUUCAGCAGCACCACCACCAUCAUCAUGCUCCGGCCAAUUACCCAUCUGCAAUCUUGCCCAACAGGACAACCUCGGAAACUGAAUCAAGAUCCCAAAAUGUACCUUACAGCAUUAUUCUUCAGCCAGAGACAAGACCCAUCUCUCAAGAACAACUCGUAGCAGAGGUCAAAGGUAUAUAUGCCGGUCUUGUGAUGGUUGAAGCUAAGUGUAUCGAAGUUGAUAAUAAGCAAGCUACACUUGCGCAGGGCGAUCCUCCUACACAACCGAAACUCAACAAUGAGCAAUGGCAAGCCCUUAUCGCUUUGCAUCGUACCCUACUCCACGAGCAUCACGACUUCUUCCUAGCUUCUCAGCAUCCAUCUGCUAGUCCUGCUCUACGUCGUUUGGCAUCCAAAUAUGCUAUGCCCGCUAGGAUGUGGCGACACGGUAUUCAUUCCUUCCUGGAACUUCUCAGACACCGACUACCAGCUUCACUUGAUCAUAUGCUUGCCUUUAUAUACUUGGCAUAUUCGAUGAUGGCUUUGUUGUACGAGACCGUACCAGCCUUCGAAGAUACAUGGAUUGAAUGCUUGGGAGAUCUAGGACGAUACAGGAUGGCCAUUGAGGAUGACGACAUCAGAGAUAGAGAUGUCUGGACUGGUGUAGCACGACAUUGGUACUCAAAAGCUUCAGAUAAAGCUCCUACGACUGGUAGGUUGUAUCAUCACCUUGCAAUUUUGGCACGACCAAAUGCUCUUCAGCAAUUGUAUUACUACGCAAAGUCGUUGUGUGUUCUAGUACCUUUCACGUCUGCACGAGAAUCGAUACUUACACUCUUCGAUCCUGUCCUCAAUGCUGAGAAUGGGCAAGGUCAGUAUCGAUUGCCACCUUUGGAUACUGCAUUUAUCCGAGCUCACGGGCAUUUGUUCACGAACAGAAACAUGGAAAGGUUUGAACCUGCAGUAAAGGAGUUCCUCGGACUACUUGACACCCAAAUCGGCCGAGUAACCAAGAAAUUCAUGGAGCAAGGCUGCCAUAUCGCCGUAUCUAACAACGUUGCGAUGCUUGGAUUUGCGUCUAAAGAAAAUCCACUCAUGAAAGCUAUUGGGUCUUCUUCGGGAGACGAGACAGCCGACGUUGAUAUGGAUUCUGCUCAGGACGACAUUUCUCCCUCCAUGAUAGCGUUCAAGUACGCACAGAAUCUCAGUAAUUCUGCAUUGGAGAUUGUAUUGCAGAGAAUAGGGGACCCAAAUGUUCUCCCCUUCAUUCACGUCUCUCUUGUUUUCAUGUUUCGCAUGUCUCAGUUUUCAGGCGCAAUGGAUAUCUUGGUACCGACGUUUCCUUGGCAAUCUCUGGCUAUCAUGCUUAAUACGUUACUUAAGUCCUACAAGACCUUUAGCCGUAUUGAGGAUAAGAAAUUCCCAUUGCCAGAGAAAGAUGACGUCCGCCCCUUUCCUGAAGAUUUUGGAAUGCGCGGUUUACUAUGGGCAGAGAAAUACUUCCCUGCAAGAUGGUUCCUCAACGAGAAGAGUGAUGAAGAAGAGAAAUAUCACGAGCUUCCAUCUAUGCUCGAUCAACGCAAAGAACGCAUAUUAUGGCUAGCUUGUCGUGUUGCAGAUGCCGGUCCAUGGAUUAACUUCGAUAGUUCCAAGCCAGAGUUUUCUGUUCAGAGUAAUGAUACAGAUGUGGAGUCCUUGACCUUCGCUCCAGCGACUACUGAUGACACCGUUACAAGAGCAGAAACUUGGUUAAGCGUAGAAACUUAUCCUAAUGCUGAAGAGGACAUGUCAUCGGUCACAAUGACUGCAGCAGAUACACCUCCUCAUGAAUGA